GUAUUAUAGUUCAACCGUAUAUGUGUUGAGUGUUGACUAGCAUCAGAUUAAUUAUUACCAUAGCGUCCAGUCGGCAGCAUAACAGUUCUCUGUACAUCUCCACAAGAAAAUGCAAACCUUCUUGUCUGUGGCUGUUCUUGCUGGAAUCGUUACCCUCGCGUACGGAGCCGGCGUUUUUGAAAGCAAGAUGGUGGAAGUCAAAUCCGUCGUUGUGGACUGUGAUCAGGAGAUCCUCUACACCGCCAGCGAAUCAGCGAAGGAUUGCUACAACAAAUGCACGGAAGACGGCAACUGCCGAAUGGCAUCCUACAACAUCAGGGACAAACAAUGCGGUCUCGUUCCACCACAGUUCGACUGCACUUUCGGUACAGAGGUCUUUAACGAUUACGAAGUGAUCGGAUCUACCAACAAGCCGUUCAUCCAACGCGACAACGCAUCUCUCGAUGCUGGGGAGCUGAAGAAUCAGAAAGGUCAAAGGGUGCUACAGGGCGCCAAUGGUAAAAAAGCUCGGAUCUCGGCUGAUAAGUGCAAAUCUCUGUGCGAUUUCCAUCCCAACUGCAAAGCAGCGUAUUACACGGCAGCCCGGGGCCAGGCCGGUACUUGCCAACUGAUGGCCAAAGCGGAACCGAUCCGCCAAAUUAUCGAACCAACUUCGACGAGCAUUGUCUUGGUAGCCCAGUUUUGGGGUGGAUUACCUGCCCCCACUUGAUGGAUUUGGUUACUGUACUG